AUGGCGCCGCUGGACCGGAGACCCGACCUGCACCUAACGAGCUCGGGGGUCGGCCUGCACCACAGCCCGGGCCGGUACUGGCCGCCCUCCGACUUCAGGUUUUUUUUUAAGGAUCCUCUCCCCCCAAAGCUGAGAGAAUUAAAUGCCAUCCAUCCAUACGAUGAGGUUUUUAACUGCUAUGAGACCACAACAGGCUCCGCGCACAACCUCAAGACCAUCGGUGGAGUCCUCGGUCACCCUCGCCACGUAAAGGCUCGAAACCACUGGAAUGUUCAUUACAUGAAGGAUCUGUCUGAGAAGCUGAGCCGGCGAGACUGGAAGACUGCGCUGAAUAUGGCCAACCAGACAAGUGAGAUGAAGGACAAAUUCACAGGGAGACUUCCACAGUCCAUGGACACUGCUUUUAGGGCAGGACCACAGCCGUUCCCCCUGGAUAAUCACCUCAACAACGGACCAUCAAAAAAUAUCGUGGCCAGCACAGAGAAUGCAGCGCUAGCCGGGAAGGAGUAUUACGUUCGAGAUAAGGAUGUUCUGCGCCUCAAUGACAUUUACCUGUCGACCACCAACAAAGACUUCAGAGCCUUUAAAAAGGAAGAGCUGGAAGGGUUUCCCAAGAAGGAUGUUGUCACUUUCUGGCAAACAGAAGACUACCCCAAGGUCUGGGGCCACGGACUGAAGGAGAACCCUCUACCCAAGGAAGCCCAGCGCAUCGUCCGACAACCUGGGCCGAUGAUCGACCCUGCCGUGUUCCCUGCCCCAACCAGAAUCCCUCGCCAGCCUAAACAUCUCCCACCUGUCCCCAACCGGGGGCUGAAGACCCUGUUCCAAGAGUCCUACCAGCCCCCCAGCGAUGUCAAGCGGACGCAAGAUGUCUUCUGCCCCCUGAGGGCGCCCUGGGUAGUGACCCAGGAGGCGUCUGUCCCAGAGAUCAUGUCCGUGCCCCUGAUGUACAAAACGGAGUACAUGACGUAUGGAAGCAAGCGCCCUGUGAUCAUGUGAAGGGUCCUCUCUCUCCCAAAGGCACGCAGGUUGCCUCCUCUGUCUGCUGUUCACGUCUCACAUUGGUCAUGAUAUUGGAAUUAUGUAUCAGGAACACACGAUCCAAGAGGCUUUUCACCCCUGCUUUCUGAUGGAGCUCUCUAGUUAACCCACUCCCCCACCUCCUUUGCUCUGCCUUUUCAAAACUUCUGAACAUGACUUUUGAAUCUGCUUCUACUUCCUUUCAAGCAUCACGCAUUCCAACGUUCCCAACUUCUCCCCUCUGGUUCCUUUGCCAAGCAUUUUAAACCUAUGUCCUCAGUUUACUGACCCUUCCACCAAUGGCAACAGCCUUUGCUUAUCGAACCUGUCAAACCCCCACAUUAUUUCAAACUCCUCAACCAACUCUCCCCUCAAGUCUGAAGGAGAAUUGUUACCAAGAAUUCAACUCAAAUACUGUAAAUAUUUGCUUUGGAAGAUCUUUAUUCCAACUGGAGUCACAACCUUUUCAUCAAUGUCCCAGUUAUCAGCACAUGAAAAUUAAGAAAUAAA